AUGUCCACAUUCGAAUCAUUCAAGUCUGCCUUCAAGGGUGAUAUUGUCACCCCGUCUGAUGUGGAUUAUGACAAGGCUCUAAAGCGCUGGGCAAAAAAUGCCGAAAGGCCUGCCAAAUAUGUUGCUUUCGUCAAAGACGCAGAAGACAUCAAGCUCGCUCUAGAGUUUGCGAAGGCAGAGAAGCUGCCAAUUGCUAUUAGGGGAGGCGGACACAAUGCUGCCGGUGCAUCUUCAAAAGAAGGAGGUCUCAUUAUCGAUCUCUCGAGACACCUCGCUGGCGUCACGAUUGACCCAGUGAAGAAGCUCGGUUAUGCCGGAGGAGGUGCUAUCUGGGAGACGGUUGAUAAGGCGGCGAUUGAACAUGGUCUUGCGACUGUAGGCGGAACAGUCAACCAUGUUCUAACACUUGGAGGUGGAUACGGGUGGCUUUCAGGAGAGCAUGGGUUGACAAUUGACAAUCUAGUGCAGGCAACUGUAGUCGUGGCUAAUGGAACUAUCUUAACGGCUAAUAAGACGGAGAACAGUGAUCUAUUCUGGGCUAUUAGGGGUGGUGGUUGCAACUUCGGCGUUGUCACAGAAUUUGUGUUCCAGCUGCACGACCAACGAAGGACCGUUUACGCAGGAACUUUGAUCUUCCCAGCAGCUCUUAUCAAAUCGGUGAUGCAAGCUGCCAACGAUUGGUGGGACAAAGGGCCCUCAAAGAAGGAAGCUGUCGCAGUGGUUCUCACCCGCGGUCCACCACCUGAGCGCUAUCCCUGUGUUAUCUGCAGCCUGUUCUUCAAUGGCUCGGAAGAAGAAGGGAGGGAAAUAUACAAGCCAUUCUUCGACUUGAACCCGGUCGACCAUACGUCGGAAAUCCCGUAUGAAAAUAUGAACGCACUCAUGAAUCAUGUUGUUCAUCCUGGGCAAUCGGUUUAUCUGAAGGGUGCCAAGUUUUCUGCAAUACAACCGGAUCAGGCAACCGAUGUUCUCGAGAAGAUUGCGGAACUCACCACAGAUGGAAACUUCCGGUUUGCAUGUAUCCUGGAGAUGGUCCCUACUGCAGUGGUUAACUCCGUUCCGGGUAAUGCGACCGCAAUGCCCAAUCGGACCUUCCAGAAGAAUGUCUUGCUCAUGUGUCUAUGGGAUGAUAAUACCCCAGAAAAUCAAAAGGCUGGGAAGGAAAAGGUGUACAUAAUAGGGAAUCUAUUUACAAACUUUUCCGAGGAGAAAGACUUGGUUAAACAGGGUGCUUACAGUAAUUAUGUUGACGAAUAUUUGGGUAACAAGCAUUCAGCCCUCCUGUUUGGAGAUAACUAUCCGAAACUGCAACAGCUGAAGCGAAAGUACGACCCGGAGGUGAUUUUCAACACUUGGUUCCCCAUUGUUCCCGCAUGA